UGCUGCACAAGUCUGCUGCAUAAAAGUGGACAGGUGUAGCGCGCCGUGUUGAGUGGGGAAUUAAAAGAAAAACAGCGAAACACUGUGAUAUUGCCUGAUUUGUGAGCCACUGCUGCGCUCUUCAUCUGCUGCCGUGGAGGGUUCUCCCCCCUCCCGCUGUAAUAUUUAUGACAAAACGGAGGCAAAUUAUUCUAGUCACGUUUUUGGCUGACAGUCGGCUGUCCUGGAGAGCUCUGGAGUGAAUCGGGGUCCAGUGUUGGAGAUAGCGCAGCGCACCAACACCUGCAGUAGGAUGUAAAGGGAAUUCCCACUCACCAAACUGAAUCAACCACAGAUCUGGCCAUUAUCCUCAUCACUGUCUCGUUUGAGCCAGAAGAAAAAGAAAGACAGAGCAUGGUCUGGCGUGGCGGCCGCUGUUGCUAUGUGUGAGGGAGUGCUGUGGCGUCAAUGGAGACCGAAGGCUAUCGUGACCUCCUAGAGACCAGCGAUGGUCAGGGGGUAGGCCUGCUGGAUGGAAGGGGUGAAGUGGGGGUGGAGGAAGGCUGGAGCACACCCUACCCUCUGGGCUUCCAGGUGUCUUUAACCACUGUGCUGCUGCUGGAGCUGGUGUUGGGCUUCAGCAGCAACCUGACAGUACUUGUGCUCUACUGUGCUCAGUCCAACCUGGUGGAUUCAGUCAGCAACCUUGUCACAGUCAACCUCCAUGUGCUGGACAUACUGGUCUGUCUGCUGUGUCUGCCACUGACUGUGGCUGUGAUCCUGCUACCAGCUAAUGAAAGUGGAGUCGGAAGCCUGGCUACGCUGUGCUGCUUUCAUGAGGCCUGUGUCACAUUCACCAGUGUGGCCACAGCAGUCAAUGUGCUGGUGAUCAGUUUGGACCGAUACGACAUCUCAGUGCGUCCAGCCAGUCGUCUACUUACCCCCAGGCGUGCAGCACUGCUCCUGGCAGCAGUGUGGGCCGUGUCCCUAGCCGUCUUCUUCCUGCCCUUUCUUGAGGGGGAUUUCUUCUCUUCGGGGGUUGAGGACAGUGAGGAUGAGGAGCCGGAAGGACAGUACAAUAACUCUCAGACCACUGGACCGACGCCCUUUUUUUCUUCCAUCUCUCCUUCCUCUUUUCCCUCAACUCAUCCUUCCUCCCCUUCACACCACCUGACUCCAGUAUGGCAGAACAGGACACUGCUGUGUGUAGGAGGGCAGGGAUAUUACACAGGCCUGGCUAUGUAUUACCACUUGUUACUCCAAGUGCCAUGCUUCUUCAUCGCUGUGGCCGUCAUGUUGUUCACCUACUCCAGGAUCCUGCGGGCCCUCAACAUUCGCAUAGGCUCCCACAUAAUGAGGGGCAAGCGUGCAAAGGACUCCACCUGCAGGAUACGCUGCAGGAGACGGAAGAAGAAGGACCUGAGCCUGCCCACAGAGGUUGUGUCCUCCAACCAGAACCAGAACCUCACCCAUCCUCCUCUCAUGCCCUCCCCCACCCCUACACCAACUUCACCCCCACCACUCCCCUCCAUGCCCCAGGUGAUGUCUGACAGUGGAGCAACAGUCACUACUGUCAGUACUGCUGCCACCACCCCCAUCGCCACGACACCGGCCUCCCUUGCUUCUCCAACCCCAGCUUCAGCCUCAACCCAGACCCAUGCCACCACACCACUGCCUGCCUCCACCAUGGGUGUACAGGCCUCGGUUUCUGCCAUCAUCGCCUUGAGGCGGGCAGUGCGCCGACACAGGGACCGUCGAGAACGGCAACGUCGUGUCCUAAAAAUGUCCCUACUCAUCAUAUCCACCUUCAUGGGCUGCUGGGCCCCUCUGUCCGCAGUCAAUGUUCUGAUCCUGUGUAUGGGUCCCAGCGACAGCCUGGUGCGGCUGCGCCUCUGCUUCUUGGCAAUGGCGUAUGGAACCACUAUUUUUCAUCCUCUGCUCUACGCUUUCACCAGGCAGAAGCUGCGCCGUGCUCUCAAAACACGUGUCAAGAAAAGGGUAGUGUCCCUUCUACAGGUGGACCCGGCUCCCAGCGGGGGGACAGUUAUUCAUAACUCUUGGGUGGAGGGGGGAGGCCAAAGGAAGAGUCGCAAGCCACGGGUGGAGGCCAGUGACUGCACUGAUCGAUGCCUCACAGAGGCAGUGAGGGAAUGAGGCUGGUCUUCAGUGUGUUUGCAUGUGGGAGUGUGUGUGUGUGUGUGUGUGUGUGUGUGUGUGUGUGUGUGUGUGUGUGUGUGUGUGUGUGUGAAUUUGAAGAAUUGUAUGUGUCUUACCAAUUUGCGAGAGAUGGUUUGUGUGCAUGGGUGUGAGUAAAACCAGUUAGUUUACAAAGGUCAGGACAAAUCCCAUGACCACUGGUUCCAUGCAUAUGUGGAGACAGGUGAGCCCUGAGCUCUAAUUAGAGCCUUGCUUUCUGCUCUCCUCAUACAGGCCCUCAUUAAUCCACUGUUUGACAGACAACGUGGCCACUGUGUCUCCAUGACAACACUGGUCAAGCAUUAUGACAACACCAUAGCCAUGGCUAGUGAAAAUACUAGCGUGCACGCCACUUGUAGGAUAAGGGUUAGACAACAGAAAAUGCAUAGAUUACUGCUCUGGCGUGCACUUUCAACUUGCAUGUGCAUGUACAUAUGCACACACACACACACACACACACACACACACACACACACACACACACAUUUAAAAUGCACACUGACCUAUAUUUAGUCAUUAUCUGUGAAAGCACACCAAUAUCUACCUGCACAGAUAUUCUCAGUGAGAAAAAUAAUAAUGGAAGUCUAUAUUUCUCCCUCGUUCCCUCAUUUUUUCAUGCCUUAAUUGAGUUAUUAAUAUAUUCUUGUGGUGCUGAUUGUCCUUCUGUAUGUUUACAACAAUGUAUUGGAGUGUUUGCACAUACUGUAUAUGGUAUAGCAAAUUAAUGGCAGGUAAAUACAAGCAUUCAGAUUAAAGUUUACAGGCUUAUAUGAAACUACCAGGAAACUGCAAAAAAAAAAAAUUCCAAUUUCGUUUCCAGUAAGCACCAUCUUUUAGAAGACUUUUAGAAGAAUGUGUGCAAGUUAAAGCUAAAAGGCAUGACUUUAUUAUUUAUUUUUUUAAAUAAACUUUGUGAGCAACAGUCAUGAUUGACGUAAGAGAGGAUGAGUGAUUGUGUCUGCAUGUGUGCAUGUACGCAUGUGUGUUUGUGUGUGCGAUGUAUAAGGAAUAAAUGAGCGUGUGUGUCCGUGAAUUUGUGCAAUAAAUAAUGAGAAAAAGCAAUGACCCCUAGGAUGUGAGCAAAGAGAAUGUGAACACAGAAUUGUUGGUUUUCUAUUAAUGGUUUAGAUUACUGGGGGAAGAGAGAAGAAAGGGGACUUAAUCUUCAGAUUAACAGCAAGAGGCCACUGGGCAAAAUAUAAAAGCAGAAUACUUGGAGCAAUUGUAACUACACAGGCCACUGUAAUACUACUGACAUUGUAUCAG